GCCUCAGCCCGGUGGCUCUGCCAGGUGAGGGGGCUGGCACGCUGCAGAGCAACAUGGAGACAGGCACAGGAACGGCGCCGUCACGUGAGGCCCCCGGCCGGAGCUGAGACCCGACGGGAAACGGGGCCCCGGCCCCUUUGCACGCGCACCCGGAGGAACAUGUCCCUGGCCUGCGUCAGGCGCCCACUUCCAUUGACGGGACGAAACCUGAGCAGCCAAAAUGUAACAAUCCGCCCCGCCCGCCCGACGGAAUCCGGCUUCCCCAGGGCAGGGGGCAGGGUCCCUCCCUGCUCCCCCGCUGAAGACGUCCCCCGAACGCCGGGGUCUCUCCAUGACUAGCGGCCGCCCCGCCCCGCCCCGCCAUGGCACACGGUUCAGACUCCGUGCUGAGGGACGCGGCCUGCCCCACCCACUCCCGCAGCUCGGGCAGCGACGCCAGCGCAGCCACCCGCUACCUGCUGAGGAAGCAGAACCGGCUGGUGAACGGGCACCCACGGGGCAUCCGCACCUCGUCGCCCAUGGGACGCGUCAUUCUCAUCAACUCGCCCAUCGAAGCCACCGGCGACGAGAGCGACGUGAUCAACGCCAUCACGGUGGAGAAGAGCGCGGACGGGAAGCUGGGCUUCAGCGUGCGGGGCGGCUCGGAGCACGGGCUGGGCAUCUUCGUCAGCAAAGUGGAGGAGGGCAGCAGCGCCGACCUGGCCGGCCUGUGCAUCGGGGACAAAAUCACGGAGGUGAACGGCGUGAGCUUGGAGAGCAUCACCAUGGGCAGUGCCGUCAAGGUCUUGACUGGGAACAACCGGCUGCGGAUGAUGGUGAGGCGGAUGGGAAAGGUGCCCGGGAUUAAAUUCUCCCGAGAAAAGACCACGUGGGUGGAUGUCGUGAACAGGCGCCUGAUCGUGGAGAAGGGCGGGUCGACCCCGUCGGACAGCAGCUCCGAGGGCGGCGUGAGACGCAUGGUCCAUCUCUACACCACCUCCGACGACUACUGCCUGGGCUUCAACAUCCGCGGGGGGAAGGAGUUCGGCCUCGGCAUCUACGUCUCCAGCGUCGACCCCGGCGGGCUGGCGGAGCAGAACGGGAUCAGAGUGGGAGAUCAAGUCCUUGCAGCCAACGGAGUCAAGUUCGACGCCAUCAGCCAUAGCAAGGCAGUGGAAGUGCUAAAGGGGCAGACGCACAUCAUGCUGACCAUCCGGGAGACGGGCCGCUUCCCCGCCUACAAGGAGAUGGUGGCCGAGUACUGCUGGCUCAGUCGGUUGACCAAUGGCCAACUGCAGCAGCUCUCGCAGGCCUCGGAGACCAGCUCCUCCGUCUCCUCCUACUCCUCGGGGACCCUGGACGGGCGGCCCCCGGCCCUGCUCUCCAGCCCCGCCCCGGCCCACAUGGUGGACGUCUCCAGCUCCACAGAGGACCCUCCGGCGCGCAGCUGCUCCCUGGAGCGAGUGGAGACGGCCAUGCAGACGGACCUGCCCCCCGAGACCCGGCGCACCGUGCACCCGCCGGAGAUCCUGAGGGACUCGGCCAUCCGGGCCGAGAGCCUCCGGGACCCGCUCCCCAGCAAGAAGCACAGGCCCUUCUCCGGCUCGCCCCGGACGGCCCUGCUCCUGGCACUGAGCCGGCCCCGGCAGCCCCUCAAGAGAUCCCAGAGCUACCUCACCGUGGGCGAGGAGAAGAGGCAGGAGCCGCCAGCGCCCGCCGGGGACAAGGCCGGACUGCGGCGCUCCAAGACCCUCGUCAACCUCUUCUUCCGAGGCAGCCGGACGAAGCAGAGCUGGGCGCCGGGCAGCGAGGGGCACAGGAGACGGGCCCGGGCCCCGGCCAGCCCAGAGCGGGAGAAAGACAAAGGCCGCCCUGUCAGCUUCCUGGGCUCCCCGGGGCGCGCCGGCCGCGAGCCCAGCCCAGCCGCUGAGAGCUGCCUCCCGCUCCUCCGGGACAUGGCCGGGAAGCUGCUGACGGAGGACGAGGUGACGGCCGUGCUGCGCCACUGCACCCGGUAUGUCCAUGAAGGGGGGGUGGAGGACUUGGUGAGGCCGCUCCUGGCCAUCCUGGACCGGCCUGAGAAACUCCUGCUUCUGAGGGAUGUCAGGAGCCUGGUCAGCUCCACCGACCUGGGCCGCUUCGACAGCAUGGUCGUGCCGCUGGAGCUGGAGGCGUACGACACCCUGAAGAGCAGAGCAGGGAAAUCGCCCGCGCUCCGCCCGGCGGAGAAGAAAAUGCCUCCCCGGAGACACCUCAUCACACCCGUGCCUGACCGCCGGGGAGGGUUCCUGCUGCGGCCGCUCCAGGCCCCGGAGCCGGGGGGCGCCGAGGAGGAGGUGGGGCUGGCGCCGAGGGCAGGGCCGGAGCGGCUGAAGGGCUCCCCCAGACGGACUGACCCGUGCGGCUACACGCCCCUGCCCGACGUGCCCGGGGAGGCCGAGCUCUGCGUGGGGCUCAGCAAGCCCCGGCGGGCCCGGCCACAGCUCUGCCAGCUCUUCGCGGGCAGCUCGGCGCCCAGCCACGGGGCCCAGGGGGCAGAGGGGCUGGCCCACAACGGCCCGGCCCAGGAGGAGUACGAGCUGCUGAGCGUCCGCCUCUCCAAGCUCAGGCAGUCCUUGGGGCUCAGCAUCUCGGGCGGGCUCGAGUGCAAGGUGCAGCCCAUGGUGAGGAUCGAGACGAUCUUUCCCGGAGGGGCGGCGUUCCUGAGCGGGAGCCUGCAGGCUGGGGCCGAGCUGGUGUCGGUGGACGGGGCGAGCCUGCAGAACGUCACCCACCAGCGGGCGGUGGACCUCAUCCGCCAGGCCUACAGGACCAACCGGGAGGUGCCCAUGGAGCUGGUGGUGAAGGUGCCCAAGGCGGGACACAGCCCAGCCAGGGACGGCGCCAGGCCGGCAGCGACGGGCUGAGCGAACAGACGUCUUCCAGGCCCACGGCAGGACAAGCAGCGCCUCAAGGGCGACGGGCAUCCAGCCCCACGAGCCCGACUGCAGCCUGGCAGGAGUGGGGAAUGAGCCCCCCGGCUCCGUGCGCUGCCCGAG